GCGGGGCUGGGCACGGCGGGGCAGGACAGAGGAGCGCACGGAGCUUUGCUCCGCGCGGGUCCCCGCGCAGGUCCCCGCGCACCACCCGCGGCACUGCGGCGAGAAGAGGUAGAGGAGCCAAGCGGAGCCUGCAGAAAGAAAGCAGCAGUUGGCUAUACCUGUGAUCUACAAUGAAUGCCAAAUCUGCAAUCAGCAAAGAAAUUUUUGCCCCUCAUGAUGAAAGGAUGCUGGGAGCUGUUCAAGUGAAAAGAAGAACAAAAAAAAAGAUUCCUUUCCUAGCUACGGGGGGUCAGGGUGAAUAUUUAACAUACAUCUGCCUGUCAGAACCUCUUCCUGCCUCUCAGGACACUUGCUGUGAAGCUCAAACAUUGUUUUCAGGCCAGUGAGUGACGAACAAGAAACCAGCUCAAGUAUCUAUAACGAAGGUGAAGCAAUUUGAAGGCUCUACGUCCUUUGUCAGGAGAACGCAGUGGAUGCUCGAGCAGCUUCGCCAGGUCAAUGGUAUAGACCCUAAUCGGGAUUCCCCAGAAUUUGAUUUACUAUUUGAAAAUGCUUUUGACCAAUGGGUAGCAAGCACAGCUUCAGAAAAAUGCACAUUCUUUCAGGUUCUACAUCACACUUGUCAGCGAUACCUUACAGAUAAGAAGCCAGAAUUUAUCAACUGCCAAUCUAAAAUUAUGGGAGGAAACAGCAUACUCCAUUCCGCAGCAGACAGUGUGACAAGUGCAGUACAGAAGGCAAGCCAGGCCUUGAAUGAGCGUGGUGAAAGGCUAGGUCGUGCAGAAGAAAAGACAGAGGAGCUGAAAAACAGUGCUCAGCAGUUUGCAGAAACUGCACAUAAGCUUGCCAUGAAGCACAAAUGCUGAGAUACUGCCCAAAGCUGAAAUCUUCCCAAGAGAAACUGAAAAGGCUACAUUCAGCAACUUUUACAGGAGAUCCAGUCUUCUGUGUUCUUUUUCCUUCCAGUUCAGUGGAGAUGCGUUCUUUCAGUUUCUGUGCAGGAAGAAGUGUUGCAUUUCUGCCUUUCUGACUUACUUUUUUUCCUCUUUUGUAAUAUUACUACACAGUCCUGCAGUACUUUCUACCUGUAUUUCAGUUGUUACAGGAGUGAAAGCAGUGGAACUGGACCAAAUGACAAGCUGAUCAGGAUUAAAAUAGUAAUAUUCUUCCCUGGUUGUACAAAAUUACUGAACUGAUUGUGAACAUGCUCAUGAAAAUAAAAUCCAAAGAAGAGGUAUAAUUUUCUUCAUUUUAUGUAGCAUCAGCAGAAUGUGAAUGUUGGAAUUAAGCACCUGGGGUUGUAGCUAUAGUGGAGAAUAGACUGCUUUGUCCUGGGAAACAGAAAAACUUGUUUCUUCUACCCAAUGUAGGAAGUUUUGCAUGUGCACCAGCAUUCAGAAGUGCAUAUCUGAAUUUCAUUCAUAUCAGCAUUUUACAUAUUCCUAUUUUCCCUUCCAGUUUGGUCAUUUGAAUAGUAUACUGAAACCUAAAGAAUGUAUGCUUGAGGUUUCAAAAUAGAGGAAAAAGUGAGUUUUACAUCUAUACGCACAUAGCUGUGCCUCAAACACAAUCUAGAAUUUAGCAAUCUGUUAUCAAAUAACAUUUCUUUUUACCUGUGAUUCUGUGGCUAAAGGCCUAUGAAGAGGAGAAUGCAAAGGCCUGGGAAAAUGAGAAUGCACUAUUUUCAAGACAACUGUUUUUCAUAAAUUCUACAGUAAGAGCUUUUUUUGAACAAUUCAGAGAUUUGUCUGAUUAGAAUUACAUUUGUGUUAGUUAGUUUUCUGAUUUUCAAUAUAGAGGCUUUCAAAAAGCAUGUCUUGGUACAUUAGAAUCUACUUCUAGAUUGAGUCUCAGCUUUCAGUAUGCUGUCACUAGAAGGGUGACUACUUCGUUCUGUAUUCACUAUAUGCAAUAUAUGCACAGUAUUCUCUUACAAAAAUAAGUAGGUUACCCUUUUCCUUCAUAGCUGUUUUCUUAAAAUUUUUAGAAUGUUCUAAUAUGCUUUGAGAAUGGAAAAAAAAAAAAAGGAAAAAAAGAUGCUGCUUUUUCUUUUUUUAAACCGGUAAGCUAGAAAAGAAAUCCUGGCAGAAGGUACAGCCUUCAUCUUCUGAAAAUGCCUGCUCUUCGUUUUUGUCCUCGUCUUACCAGAAAAGCUGGCAUUGAAUGAAUGUACUGUAUUCAUUGUAGAAUAAGAUUUUUGCAUUAUUAAGGACACUUGUAACAGUCUGAAAUCCUCAGAGUAGUGCUUAUAAGAGAGAUAAAAGCUACCGUAGUAAUUGAGAAUAUUUUAGUUACUGCAAGCUGAAAUAACUGAAAAUCUCUUGGAAAUACCCAUUUUGUAAAAAGAUGCUUGACUUUAGGAAAAUAUUCUCAUUCAAACUUAGCUGAUUGCAUUCAAAUUUUACAUCUGGGGUUUUUUUCCCUGUAAUUUAAAUGGCUUUAUAUGAAGCUUUUUAUUUAAUUUCACACUGGGAAUUGAGAGAAUGGGUCAUCUGUGUAGUACCAUAUGAUCGUUUAGAUCUGUUUAGCACCAGCUCCAACAGUUACCAAAUCUAGAACGACACAAGUUUUGAACACUCUGAGUUAUGUGUAAUUAAUGCCCUGGAAAUGUCUGAACACUGUUGUAAUGAUUAUGGGUAUUUCUGCAAAUUAACCAGGAAAACAAUGUCUCAUAAGAAAUUAAACUUCUGCUAGGUACAAAAUGUAAGGCUAUUAAACAAAAAAAAAAAAGAUUCGUUAGAAAUCAGUCAGGGAGUACAUUUUUGACCACAUAGCUAACUUCUGUCAUCAUAUUUUCUAGUCUUUUUUUACCUGUAUUCUGCUGCUAACCUCACAAGUCUUGAGAGAAGAAACGAGUAGGUUUGGAACUGCUGCCAUCUAGCUGGUCUUCUAAGCUUGCAAAUAAUUAGAAGAAAUGUCUAGAACCCUGGUCAGAUAAACUUGAAAAGAAUUAGCUGUCUAAAUUCAAAGGAAAAGGCAUAGAUUUUCAAGUGUUUACAUGAAUAUCCGCUGGACAGGACAAGGUCACAGUUGCUCGGCUAAGUUCCAGACUGUUUGUACUAAAACAUUGCUUUAGUCCCACUGACAGUUCUUCAUCAUUUUUUAUUUUUUUGUAUCGUCCGGUUAAGUAUAUUGUUUUUUAUCAUAACUCAGGACUUUAAUCCAACCAUCAUUUACUAUGAGAAUUCUAAGUAACUUGGUGUUCUUGAAUUAAGGAGAAGUGGUUUGUCUGUUUACUUCGUUCUUGCUGUUCAUUAAAGUACAAGAUUUGGUAGUUUUUAGAAAAAAAUCAAGGUGUAUAAAUGUUUAUCCAAACGUAAAUCUUAUAGCAUUGCAGUUUCCUUCUGGAACUUAGCUUGUAGUGUAUACAACCUAGUAUUAUUAGAUAGUCAUGUACAUAACAUAUACUAUGAUUCAGGUUAAUGUUUCAUAUGAAAGAAUGUACUUGUAAAUUGUAACAAUAUUAAUAGUUUCUUUAUCUUUUUAAAGUUCUGAACAGAAUAAAAAUAAUGUAUUGUUAGACUUGACUGCUGUACUGCAAACUGUCUUAAAAGGCUACUUUUGUGUCUAGCAAAAGUUGUGCAUUAUGUGAAAUAUUAACAAAAAUGUGCUCUCUAAAAAUUGGUCUUAAAGGUAGGUAGGUUUUGCUAUGAUUUGCCAGAAUUGUAAUACUUGCUAGUAUAUAUUGUAACCAAUUCCUUGAAAGUUCUCAAAGAUGUAGAAAUUUUGUGCCAUCCUGGGUGAAAAAAAAAAAGUGGGACCCGCUCUCUUGAGUCACUACUGGAAACCGUGAUUUUUGUCAUUAAAUACUUCAACUGUGAUGAAAACCAAA